UCAGAGGCGUGUUCAACACAAUGCACAGUUACUGUAUGGGAUUUGUCUCCAGUGACACAUUUCUCAGUUGCGUUAACCACCUGACCGCUCACAGCAGCUCUCCAGUCUUCACUAAGAUGCAGAAGUGGGUUGUGAUCUGUUUGGCUCUUCUGGUCCUGGUUACCGCUGAUGAGUGUCCAGAUGGAGGGACGUGUAAAGAGGGACAAACCUGCUGCAAUAGCCCAGCCAAUGGCUACGAAUGCUGCCCAUUUGAGCAGGCUGAAUGCUGUGAGGAUCAUGUGCACUGCUGUCCUGCUGGGACGAUCUGUGAUGAGUCCAAGUCCAGCUGUGUGAACAGCACAGUGUCCACGCCCUGGGCCCAAAGAACGGCCACACACCAACCCAGACUCUCCAAAUCCUUCAGGAUGAUCAAGACCUACAUGGGAGAGGACGAUGAUAACGUCUGUCCUGACCAGUCACGAUGUCCGCCGGAGUUUUCAUGUCUGAGGGCUUUGACGAAGUUUGGCUGCUGCCCCCUGGCUCAGGGAAUCCCCUGCUCUGAUGGGAAACACUGCUGUCCUGAAGGCCACAUGUGCAGUUCAGACAGCCGCUCCUGCAUCAAGAAAGAGUUGGUGACCACUGUCCUGUGCAGUGACGGAGUGUCAGAGUGUCCAGAUGAAACCACCUGCUGUGAAACACCAGAGGGCAAAUGGGGAUGUUGUCCGAUGCCUAAGGCUGUGUGCUGCCAGGAUAAAACACACUGCUGCCCCGAAGGAAGCACAUGUGAUGUCAAACAAUCCAAAUGUAUUUCUUUGUCCACCAAAAAAGAGAUGCCGAUGUGGGCCAAGUUCCCUGCCAGGACAAGAGCAGAGUGGGAAAACCAGAAAGAGGGCGAACAUGUGACUUCAAAGGCAGCCGAGGAUGAAAACUCAAAAAAAGUCCCUGAAGUCACCACAGUGAGUGCAGUUCCUGUUUUAGAAGAGGAAGCGUCAUCUGUCACUAACGCAGUGUCAGACGUCCCCUGUGAUGAUACAAUUUCCUGCCCGGACAACACCACCUGCUGUAAAACAAAAAAAGGGGGCUGGGCCUGCUGUCCUUACCCAGAGGCCGUUUGUUGUCAAGAUAUGUUACACUGCUGCCCCAAAGGGAAGACAUGUAACCUGGCAGCCAUGACCUGUGAUGACGACUCCUGCUCCGUGCCCUGGGCAGAGAAAAUACCCACAAUCCCCAGGAAGGAUGCGCAGGCGAGAAAUGUGACAUGUGACUCCACUGCCAGCUGCCCUGACGGCUCCACCUGCUGCAAAACCACAGAAGGAACCUGGGCCUGCUGUCCUCUGCCAGAGGCGGUCUGUUGUGAGGACCAUGAACACUGCUGUCCCAAAGACACCACCUGUGACCUGGCCAACAACACCUGUGACAGCGCCUCCGGCCCAACCCCCAUGAAACAGAAGAUGCCUGCGUUUGUCACAACGGCGCCCACUGCUGUGGCCGUUACGACGGCAGGUCUGGAAACCACCGCAGAGCCGAGGAGGGAAGACAGGAUGGAAGCAACAGAGAGGGAGGAGCAGGAUGAGAAGGACCGGAUCCACUGUGACCACCGCACCAGCUGCCCCCCCUCCAGCACCUGCUGCUUCAUGAGCGCCUCCCACCAGUGGGGCUGUUGUCCACUGCCACAUGCGGUGUGCUGUUCUGACGGCAGCCACUGUUGUCCUCCGAGCUACAAGUGUAAUGAAGACAGGACGUCGUGCAUCAAAGCGGACGUGGAGAUCCCAUGGUACACCAAACUCCCAGCAACCACCGGCAGCGAUGAGGCCGAGCCCAGCGCCACGCAGUGUGACGGGAACACUCGGUGUCCUGAACACACCACCUGCUGUCGGCUUCCGACGGGCAAGUGGGGCUGCUGUCCACUGAAGAAUGCUGUGUGCUGUCCGGACCAGGAGCACUGCUGUCCUCAGGGCUACAGCUGUCACAUGGCCUCUCAGUCCUGUCAGAAGCUGGUGAUGCUGCAGCUGGAGACGGUCCCUCUAACUAAAGUGGACCUGCCUGAACCUCAGCCUGAACCUCAGCCUGAACCUCAGCCUCAGCCCGGUCCCGUACGCCAGCGAGACGUCCAGUGCGAUGACACCACCAGCUGCCCAGAUGGGGAAACCUGCUGCAGGACGUCGGCCACCACAUGGGGCUGCUGUCCCUCUCCUAAUGCGGUGUGCUGCAGUGACAUGAAGCACUGCUGCCCCACAGGGUUCACCUGCACCCCAGAGGGUCAGUGCACACAGAGGGCCGGUCUGCAGUGGCAUGACUGGCACAUGUUCUUCGGCAACAAAAAGAAAGGCCCGGUUGUGUGAGAACAUGUUUUUGCUGGUCUGGUUUGUUUCUGCACUAAUUAAAGGGAUUUUAAAACUGUAAAGGCUUUGUAUUCUGGGGGAUGUAGUAAACUGUGGUGGAGAUGUGAACGUGACUUGCACUCAGGGUUCUGAUAUUUUGUCAUCUUGGAGUUUUAACAUGCACUGCUUUUGGUUGUAACGCAGAAAAUCCACAAAACUACAAGUACAUUUGUGGUGUAAGUAAAUUCGAAUGGUCACAUGACCCUUGGAAUUGAAGUGAAACACUCCUCUCCUCAGGCCACUUUAUUCUGUCUACCACCUGUUCCUCUGUUCUGCUUCAGCUGCCUUUUCUACCAAUAAUCAGUCAGAAUUUGGUUUAUAAUUCACGGGUUUAGCUUUUAUGACCCUCAGUAUGACAAACAGAAAUGGUACAAUCAAGUGAAAUGUAAUUUUGGGGCAUCCUUUUCAACAUAUAAUCCAUUUGUAAACUUCCUUGACAUGUUAAUGUCUAUGUGUUGGGAAUGCAAACACUGCUCUGCUGUCAGUUUUCCAUUUUGGAUUUUGCACGUAUUCAUUGUAUGAUGUCGUGUUUAACAACUACAUUAGUCAAAUGAAAUAAACAACCAAAUCAGUGAA